GCAUCAUACUGCAGUAUAGUCUGCACGCACACACAGAGUCCUUGUGCAGCCUUAUGCCAUAGGGAUAACCAGACAUACAUUCUGUCAAUAGAAUAAGAAGAGGAACUGCUAGCAUUUAAUACUACUCAAGCCCCUUUCAUAGAAUCUGCUUCAUUAACGCUUUCAAUACAGGUGAUUUAUACUUAAGCCCUUUUCUUGGGGAGAGGGCGGGGUCGCCACUUGCGGGAUGAUAAGAUCUUGGCUUAGGAGUCGUUUGGCUUUAGCCCCACGCAAGGUGCAGUCUAUAUAUGCGCUGCCUGUGAAUGACCUUGGCUCAGUCCUUUGCUGCCAGCGUUUUCUGCAUUGCACACACAUACUCAAAUAAACCGUGCCUUUGAACAAGCCAAACUUUAUAGGUCAGCAAUUAGCAAUGGUAGGGAAUGCUGAAGCGGGCACACGCCCAUCGCCUUAUCCGCGUCCCCCAGUGGGCGUGCCCCGCGUUCGCCAACAGGAGCGCUGAGAGCCCAAAGCAGCACCAGUACAGCGGGCAGGUGUCUGCAGCAGCACAGAGCAUAGGAAAGGGAGCGGGCAGGCUGAUUGCAUUUAAGCUCACCCAUAAGGAGCUAUUAGAAGUCUGCCAUCCGCUCCACCUCCCUCUUUCCUAAAUCCCUCUCCCCUUUUCAUUUUUGUCGUAUUUUUAUAUAAGACACCCCCCCAACCCUUUCUACCCCCACCACCCAUUUUUUUAAUGCACCGGGUCCUAGAGGAUACCGCAGAUCUCCUCUGCAGCGCCCAAUUAAAGCAGCACCAAGGAUCAUCACGGUUAAAAGGGAAGCAAAUCCUAAUAAUAAAGAGAGGCACACGUACACUCGCGUUGGCAUCCCUCCCCGUCUCUUUGUUUUUGCAACCCUUUCAUUUUUUCAUUAGCAACAUCGAGUAAGCUAGGGGCUGCUCCCAUUCACUUGCAUUUUCUUUUCUCUUUCCUAUUCAUUUGCUCCAUUUUCCUCCUUUCUUUCCCCGACCGCAGAUUUCUUUGUGUAAUAAUCCGUGGCCGGUCUCAUUGUGUGGGCUACGACUACAGAUCCGUGCAGUUAGGCUGCUGCUGCUUUUUAAUUCAUUAUUGUUUCUUUUUUAACAACCGACUUGCUUUCAUCAUCUGCUUUAUACCCAUUUUUGUGAAGACUGCGCUCCUCUGUCCCCUGACAGCAGAAGACGGCAACUCCAAACUAACAUGGCAGUCAGACUGUGUGAUGUGGCUUCUCUGCUUAGAAGUGGCUCGUGGGCAGCAGAGCCUUGGACUGGGCAGGUAAUUGCUGCCAUGGAAACACAGCUGUCCAAUGGACCCACUUGUAAUAACACAGCAAAUUGUCCAAACACCAUAAACAACUGUUCAUCACCAGUUGAAUCUAGCAACACAGAAGACAGCAAGACCAAUCUUAUAGUGAACUACCUUCCGCAGAACAUGACACAGGAAGAAUUGAAAAGUUUGUUUGGGAGCAUUGGUGAGAUAGAGUCCUGUAAACUAGUAAGGGACAAAAUUACAGAAGGACAAAGCUUGGGUUAUGGCUUUGUGAACUACAUUGACCCUAAGGAUGCUGAGAAGGCUAUCAAUACGCUGAAUGGACUGAGACUCCAGACUAAAACAAUUAAAGUAUCCUAUGCCAGACCGAGUUCAGCAUCAAUACGGGAUGCAAAUUUGUAUGUCAGUGGGCUUCCAAAAACCAUGACCCAAAAGGAGCUGGAACAGCUUUUCUCUCAAUAUGGCCGCAUUAUUACAUCUCGAAUUCUAGUUGACCAAGUUACUGGUGUGUCAAGGGGGGUCGGCUUUAUUCGCUUUGACAAGAGGAUUGAGGCAGAGGAAGCAAUCAAAGGACUAAAUGGACAAAAGCCACCAGGAGCAACAGAACCCAUAACCGUUAAGUUUGCCAACAAUCCAAGCCAAAAAGUUAACCACACCAUUCUAUCUCAGUUGUACCAAUCCCCAAACAGGAGGUACCCUGGACCAUUGGCUCAGCAGGCUCAACGUUUUAGGUUGGACAAUCUGCUCAAUAUGGCUUAUGGAGGAAUAAAGAGUAGAUUCUCUCCGAUGACCAUCGAUGGUAUGACUAGUUUGGCUGGGAUUAACUUUCCUGGACAUGCUGGUACUGGAUGGUGCAUAUUUGUUUACAACUUGGCUCCUGAUGCAGAUGAAAGUAUCCUGUGGCAAAUGUUUGGCCCCUUUGGAGCAGUCACCAAUGUAAAGGUCAUUCGAGACUUCAAUACCAACAAGUGCAAGGGCUUUGGUUUUGUGACUAUGACAAACUAUGAUGAAGCUGCAAUGGCUAUUGCCAGUCUCAAUGGUUACCGCCUGGGAGACAGAGUCUUGCAGGUGUCGUUCAAAACGAGCAAAACACACAAAGCUUAACAAGUUAACUUCUCCCAUUUUACACACACGUGCAACAAAGGCAAGUUAAUAAACUUUAUACUUUUUGAAAUUGUCUUUGCAAGUAAGUGUUACACCAAAGUGUGUGGGUUUGAGGGAGAUCAGGCAAAGAGAACAUGAUUUAGUAUCUUUAGAAUAUGUGAGAUUGCUAUUGUUGGGUUUUGGAUUUCUAUUUUAUGUUUGUGUAUGGACCUUAGGUAACAGGGUUUUUACCUGUCACAUUACAUUAUGCCUUCUAUUGAGGAGGGGGAUCUUUUUAGAUAUUUCAGCAGUGGGAAGACAUUUAUGUUCAUUUUUUUUUUACAUUCUUACCUUCAAAUCAGUUAAAAAUGCUUUGUUUGGAAGGGUUUUUGUAAUGUUCUGUUAACCUGGUUUAGUAUAUGGAAAUUAUUUCAUUUUUAUUAUAAUUUAUAAACAUGUAAAACCAUAUUUAUUUUGCGGUUAUUUAGGGAAUUGGAGGACUCCACUAUAAAAAGCCUAUUGUAAGAAUACUGGAGACUUUUCAUAAAGCAGUACCUUGCCAAAGAGAUAAGAACCUCUUUGAUGUAGGUUUCAAAUGAGAAAAAGCAUCUAUUUUUAUAAAAAAUAAAAAAAAAAUGUUCAAGAAACUUUUUACUGGUCCUGGAACAAAAUAUUUUGACUUGAAUACUUUGCAAAAUCUACUUCAUAUGACAGCCUUGUGAGCUUUUAAAACUUACCAGGAUAUUUGUGUGUAAUCAAUAUUUUCUGAAGGGGGAGGGGCCUGCAGUCUAGCAGUGGGAGGGAAAGAAGAAAUUUCUGAUAUAGGGAGUAAUAUUUUCUUUUUGUUUAACUUACUGUAUUUAUAUUAAGGGUCAAUAGCAGUAGGGCCCAACUAUUUCUAGUAUUUAUCUUCCUGGUUAUUAUGUGAUAAGUGCUCACAGCAAUUUGUGAAUUUUUCAACCAAUUAAAUGGAGAGGAAAAUCAAUCAUUAAACAGCUGGCAAGAAAAGUAAAUUGCUAGUUUUACUUUUGGGGGAAACAAGAAAUCUGUUCUUCCAAAAGCAUUCCCUUCAGAAGGAGCUCAUGGUGUUUAGUGAUGUACUUGCAGUAUUGUUUGACAAUUUUAUUUUGAAUGCAAUUUUUUUUAUAUAAUUUUAUUUUAUUUUUUUUGUUAAAAGAAAAAAGUUGCAAUUGCACACAUGGUUGUACUGCCAAGCUGUAAAGUGAUAUAAUUUCUGUUAAAGAUUCUGUUAAUUCUAGCACCUGAGCUUUGUGUAUUGUAAAUAAGAUCAGGAUCAUUUUUGUAAUGGCAUAGCUAAAUAGAAUUGUGCAGUUUAAUGGUAGAUAGCGGUUUUAGUGCUGCCAGAUGCUGCAUAUAUUUAGCUUUCCCUAUCAAAUGGUCUCCUUUUAUGUUUAACCAAACUGACUUUGUUUUUUCCUUAUGCUAAGUGAUGUUGAAACUUUAAUAGUUUUGUGUAUUAUCUUUUUUUUCUUUAUAUAUGGAAUUAUAUUAUCUCCUUUUAUGUUGUAAUUUAUGACCCCAAUUAUGCUGCAUCAAAUUAGUUGCUAAGUUUUUUUGUCUUUUAUUUUACUUAUUUUUACCUGUAGUUAAUGUUAACUUAAGCUUUAUGAUGCAUCACCGACAGUAUGUUAGUGGUAUAAAAUAAGAAUCCAUAGAUUUGUUUUCUUUUAUUUAAACUAUAUGAGUGCAACUGAAAUGUAAGUUUGUAUGGUACAUAAAUCACUGUUGGGGAAAGAUUAAUAAUCCUUAAUUUGCAUCUAGUUUACAAAAGUGCAAAGUUUUACACAUUUUUCGUAGACAGAAAGUAAUUAUUUACAUGCAGUUUUUUGUACAAAUAAAAAGCCUUCCCCCCCCCAGGAUAAGCAAUGUGCUAUGCAUUACACAUUUGUAAAUUCUUUAAAAAUUAUUUUUCUUUUUAAUCUGUAGUUCAUCAAAUAUAUAUACCUUCUAUGGUAGUCCAGUACAUAUACUGUGAAACGUGCGUUUCAAAGUGUCAAGGUAAAUUUUCAUGCUCUUUCCACUAUGGUUUUGAAAAUGCUAAUAGAUUUGUUUCCUCUAAUUUUGAGAAAAUGUGGGAAAUAUUUUCAGAAUCUUUAUAAAGCAGUGGAAAGCAAUUGAUUAAACUUGAGUUAAAUUUGUUAAAACCUUUUAUUUCCUUCAGUGCGCUACUUUAUUAUGUAAUUAAUCCAAAGUCAUACUGCUUUUAGCAGUAUGGUGCAAAGAGCAUGGAAAUUGGGCCUCACUUUGCAGUGUGUCAGAGCACUUAACAAAAUGUGAGGCUGGUAUUUAUUUGAAUUUGUACUAUAUGACUUGAUUAACACAUCUGUUAAAAUAGAAUAUAUAUUCUGUUGAGUAUUAAACAGGCUGUGCAAUUUAUUUUGUGUUUGGAUCCUUUGUACUUUUCCAUGUUCAGUACAUCAAUAAACAAAAGUUGAAGGGAAA